UACACUUUGUGUCCCAAAAAUCAUACACGCAGCCUGUUGGAUUGGAGGGUUUAUUUCCGAAACUGCUGCACUGUCCCUGGAACUGCAUGGUCUAAGGAGCACCAGCAUGGACAGAGGGGAAACAGAAUGGUUCUGUUCCUGAAUUAGUAAACAUCUUUGACCACAAUGAGUUGGAGUUUCUUGACCCGUCUACUUGAGGAGAUCCACAAUCAUUCCACAUUUGUGGGGAAGAUCUGGCUGACUGUGCUGAUUGUAUUCCGCAUUGUUCUCACUGCUGUGGGAGGGGAAUCCAUCUAUUAUGAUGAACAAAGCAAGUUUGUUUGCAAUACAGAACAGCCAGGUUGUGAAAAUGUGUGCUAUGAUGCUUUUGCCCCACUCUCUCAUGUGAGGUUUUGGGUAUUUCAAAUCAUCCUAGUCUCUACUCCCUCAGUAAUGUACUUAGGCUAUGCUGCUCACAAAAUAGCUCGGAUAGUGGAACAUGGCGAAAUAGAAAGGAAGUUACGAAGCAAACCUCUUCAAAUGCGUUGGAAACAACACCGAGGUUUAGAAGAAGCAGAAGAUGAUAACGAGGAAGAUCCAAUGAUGUAUCCAGAGAUUGAGGUAGAUAGUGAACGAGAGAACAAGCAAAAUCCAUCCAUCGCAAAAAUAAAGCAUGAUGGUCGGAGGCGAAUCCGAGAAGAUGGGCUUAUGAAGAUUUACAUCUUUCAACUGCUGAGUAGAACUAUGUUUGAAAUUGGCUUCCUGAUAGGCCAGUACUUACUCUACGGAUUUGAAGUCAGUCCAGCGUUCAUUUGUAGCAGAAAUCCGUGUCCCCAUACUAUUGACUGUUUCAUUUCAAGACCCACAGAAAAAACCAUAUUCCUGCUCAUCAUGUAUGGUGUGAGUGGUCUGUGUUUACUUCUAAACAUCUGGGAAAUGCUUCACUUGGGAUUUGGCACCAUUCGGGACACAUUGAACAACAAGCGGAAGGAGCUAGAAGAUUCAGGAACCUAUCAUUAUCCUUUUAUUUGGAAUACCCCAUCAGCUCCUCCAGGAUACAAUAUUGCCAUGAAACCUGAGCAGAUACAGUACACAGAAUUGUCUAAUGCCAAAAUAGCACAUAAGCAGAAUAAAGCCAAUAUUGCCCAAGAACAACAAUAUGGCAGCAACGAGGAGAACAUUCCCACUGAACUGGAGAACAUCCAGCGAGAAAUCAAAGUAGCUCAGGAACGCUUAGAUCUUGCCAUCCAUGCAUAUAAUAAUCAGAAUAAUCCAUCCUGUUCCAAGGAGAAGAAGCCCAGAGGCAGCUCGAACAAAAGCAGUGGCAGUAGUAAAUCAGGGGAUGGGAAAACCUCUGUUUGGAUUUGAUGCUGUUCACUUGACAGGAAAUGCUACCUUUUUUGUUGUAGCAUAUCAUACCUAGCAAAUUGGGUGCGAAAUAAUUUCUAGUAAAAAAUAAUUGGACUUGCUAAAGUUCAGAGAUAUUUCGUGCUGCUAAAUGGUACUGUGCAAAAGAAGAGAAAAGUAGCUAUGCUCACAAACGUAUUCAUAUUUCUUCCAGAUCUGCAGACGUCCCAGGGAUUUUUUUAAUUAUUUUUGUUAAAACGGUUUACACUGUAUGUACAGUAUUAUGGUACCUUUUUAUUAUGCACAUUUUUGUAUUUGUAUAUUGGAUAUCUCAGUUAUACAUUUUAUAUUAAAAGGAAUCAAAUAAGAAUUUUCAACAUUUUUCUAAAGCAUUUUUCUCACAUUUCAUAGAGAUGGCUGAUUUAUUUUGAAUUAUGGAACAGAUAAUUCUGGAUGACUGUCAUGAACAGAUGUAACCCCUUCUGCAUUCUUGUCCCAGCCAAAUAAAUUAAACACCAGGUUAGUGAAAUAUGUCUUCAGAUGUAGUCAGAUUUUUUUUCCUGUAGUGAAUAUUCUUGAAUAUGAGUGAACCAAAAAAAAUGAAUUUCAGACUGGCUGUUUCUAGAAUAUAACCUUACAUUCAGUUUAAGAGUCUUCCGAGAAAAAAGUGCCUGGAAUUGACAAUAUUUUCUGAAUAAAAAAAAGUAAGAGUUCAACCACUGUGAAAAUAAAACUUCAUGUACCUGAUAGUUAAUUUAAAACAUAUAUUUGAUAUAACAAAGUAGGGAAAGCAAUUGGGUAUAUUCUGAUGGCGAACCUAUGGCACAUGUGUCAUAGAUGGCACAUAGAGCCCCCUCUGCGGGCAUGCAAGCCAUUGCCCCAGCCUAGCUCCGUCGCACAUGCGCGCAUGCCUCCCACCAGCCAGCUGGUUUUUAGGUCUCUGCUAGGCAGGGCUGGGGGCACAUGCCAGAGAUGCAAAUUUGUUUGUGCAUGUGUGGGGCACAUGUUAGGGUGUCACAUGCAUGCACUGGGGGGCACACACACAUUGCAUUAUGGGUGUGCACGUGUGCGCUUUUGGCACCCUGUGCCGAAAAGGUUAGACCUCACUUCUCUAGAUAAUUUAUACUGCAUCCCCCAUAUUACUGACCUCCAUUGGUUGGAAUUAUAGUCUAAAAAUGUAGAUUGCCUAUCCCUGAUUUAGGGAUGACUUCAUCACCUCUUCAUCCUGCAAACAAUUUAAAGUUUAGAAAAAAGAUAAACAAGUUGCAUUAUUGUUGAGACAAAGAAAGGCCUGCUUUCUUGAAACGUGAACCAAUAUUCAAAUGGUGGGAAAACAUCAUCUUGAUUUAAGGGAAAUAUAAACAGAAUUAAAAAUACUUGCCUUUGUUUUGAAGUGGGAAAUGUUACUUUAAAGAUAUGUGAUGUACAACAUGGUUUUUCCAGAAAUUCUUUAUUGUGAGAAGGAGUGAGGGAUUGUGAAUUUGAAAUGAUGGGGAAAAAAGUACUUUAACAAAUCUAUUUAUUUUAGCAGUGUCCAAGGUCAGUCUUCCUCCUUGAUCUUUUAAAUUCCUGUCCUGCUAUUAAUAUAUUGCUUGCAAAAAAAUAACAGGAAGCUACUUGGGAGCUAUAAUUUUAAUCUUGUGAAACUGCAGGCUGUUCUAAUUAAAUACAUAGAUCAUUUGAAGGAGAGUUUCGGCUCCAUACAGCAAACUGGAAAUUUUACUUCUUUCCUAAUAAGAAGACAAAACAACUAGUUAUUAGCUUUUUGAGUUUGCUCAUUAUUUGGUUGUGGUUUUAUUUAUUAUGCUGAUGAGCUGACAAUAUUUGCAAAAUUUGGUAAAACAGUUUGGAUUUAAUGCAAUACAUGCUCAUUAGAAAAUGGCUUUCUGUAUUUUACUUCAUUCAAGCUAUAGUAAAAUCUGAAUUAAAAAUAAUGGGUAGCAAUUACACUAUCCCAAGUGCUUGCCAUUUUUUUUACUGCUGUGAUACACUCACUGAAUAAAUUGGCUUUACAGUAAUCUAAUAGCUAUUUAAGUAGAAAAUGGGGUUGUGUCCAAAUUUAGAUGCAUUCAACCCAUUUUUGGUAGCAAAUGGAGCUGCUUCAAAUAGAUAAUGGUUGGGGAUACUUAACAAACAGGAUAGGCAAUGUGAGGAAGGACGGGUUUUUUUUUCAAAAUUGGACAGAGGCAUCUUUUUUGUGUGAUGUUCAAAUUAUUCAGGAUACAUCUGCCUCGACUAUUCCAUCCACCACACACAAAGCCUCCCUCAUUUAGAAGAAUCCCAAGUUUUUUUAGUAUAGCCUUUAUUGUCAAUGUACAAAAUAAAUACAAGAAAUUGGUUUUGUGCAAUAUUUUAAAAGGCCUAGAUAUAAAUGAAUACCAACAUGCUGCUCUAUCUAACUUGAAAAAAUUGAAUUGAGAAAUGUGAGAGGUUUUUUUGUUACAUAGUUUAACUUUUAAGAACAAAGUGUUGUUCUGGUCCCCCACACUCCCUUUACAUCUUCUAUUAUGUAUAUACAUUUUACACCAUAUUUCUAUUUUACAUUUCAGUCAUCUUAUUUUUAUUCCAUAUUCUCCCGCUUAGUGUGAAUUUUUUCUUAAUAUAUAAAUAGUAUCCUUUUUCCUCUCAAAGUUGAUCAAAUUUAACAUAUCAGAGAAAUGUGAGUUUUGAAUAAGAACAGUCAUGUUUUCUACUAUUGAAAAAUCUGUAUUCCAAAAAUUAUUUAAGAAAAUGUUGUUUUGAAAUUACUUCAGUGUUGGUAUUUAGCAGAGAUUAUUCUAAUUAAAUGAUGUAAAUUUCUCCCAAGCUGCUUUUCUUAUUACUCCAAAUUCGGGGGCUAGGUGCAUAUUUAAUUUUUGUUUUACUGAAAAAAAAAUCAGCCAAGAUUUAAUAUUCAGCUUUGUUUAUAUAUAGAAGGCAAUGUAUAUUGCCUUUGGUGGCAUCUUAUUGGCAAGGGCAGUAAGGACAGAGAAAACUAAAUAUGUGUUUUAUUUAUUGUAGAAAGGGAAGGCUAGAUAAACUGGCACUUCCAUUUCUAAAAUGGUACCCCCAUAAUCCUCCUCAUUAAUCAUACUGAAUGUAACCAAUAGGAUUGUAAUCCAAUACAUUUGGAGAGAUUCUGUUUUGUAGAAUUUCAGCAUCAUUUUUAAAAAUGGGGUGUUUGCUGUCUUUCCACUUUAAAUGCAUAAGACAGAGGGUAAAAAUAGUGAAUAGUUGAGCCAAUACUUUGAAAGCACAUGGCUUCUUCUAGAAGUAGCAAAAUAGCUAGUUUUCUUAAAAGAGAGUCUUUGAUGGAUGAGUAGACUUAUAAAAAAGGUUGUUUUAAACAUAUAGCAUUGAUUUGCCAUUCUAGGACCGCUACACCAGAAAAGUACUGUACCAAAUUUUGCAAUUUUUAACAGAGAUACUGGUACUUUGAAUGCAGGAUGUAGAAAUAAUGUGCAUUUAUGAAUACCAGCAGGAAAUACUCAGCUUUUCAAGAAUGAAUACAAAACUACAUUUAGUGAGAAGCUGAAAAAAAUUACCAAAUAAAUAUUUUCUGGAACCUUUAUUCAUUUGCUCAAUUGAAUUUAAUCAAGUAACAAAGUUAAUAAUCAAAUGUUUGGCUGGUGCUAUAAAAGAAAAGGAGAAAAAUUAGUUCAUAAGCUUUAUUCUGAACUUUGCCUUGAAUAAAAUGCAGCCUAUUUUGGAUACAAAAGGUUUAUUAAUAGUUGCACCCAUAAUUUCAUGUGUAUGCAUGUUUCUUCUUGCACUGAAAGAUGGGUGGCAUACUAACAAGGUUUGUGGAAAUGAAAGAUCAUAUGGUAAUAAAAUGUUGUCUGCAUGACUUCAGAUUCCCCCCCCCCUGGAUAAAAUAUCAGGUGAUAACAGAAUUCUAAUUAUCUCAGAUCCUUUUUAGACAAGCAAAGUGAAUGGAUUGAGUGACAAACCCCACCCCCCAUGUCCAAAUAAUAAAAUCAAGGUUUUCAAGCAAUUUUAGCAACAGAUGAGUAGCUUUGAAGAUGAAGCAAUGGGAAAAUAUUUUCCCAUUACUGUUUUCAGACAUCAGCAUUAGAUAGAAUGAGGUUUGCCUUUAUUUAGUUCACUUAAUAAACUUUCCCCAAACUCUCCAAUAAUGCAUUGUAGAAAUGAAAAGUACAAUAGAAUGUUUGUGCAUUCAAAAUUAUUGGAAUGGCUGCAAGAAUAGAUCAAAUACAUUUUCACCCUUUUGAUGAUCAGAUAUACAAUCUCUUUUGGUGUAUUUUUAGGAUAUACUACUUUUGCAUUGUUGCAAUCUGCCCUUUGCACGCCAAGGGGGAGGGGGGUCAACAAAACGUUUUGUAGGAUAACUGUUCCUAUAAGGAAGAACAAAACUUAGAUCCCAGAAGAUACUGGGUAAAAGUAGAGAGAUCGAAUUCUUUCCCCUGCUCUCAAAGUCAGGUGAAAAAACCAAAAUACUUAAAAACUUUCCAUUAACCAAAUCCAUGAGUGAGAAACCAUGUGGAAAACCCUCUCAUGUAACUUUCUGUACGUUUGUUAACAAGUAGAAUUAAGAAUAUAAAAUUGCAACAUUACUUUGAUCAAAUUUUAUUUGAUUUUUUCAUACAACCAUAGCAUCCAGGUCUGAUAACAGAGAACACCUGUCACUUGUAAGUUGAAGUUUCUUAUUUUAAAAAAAGAUAAAGGGUGGGGGAGCAGCAUCAAUGUGCUCCUUCUGCAUGGGGGGGGGGGGAGGAGAGGAAAUCACAGGACAGAACACACCUAGAUAAUAAAAGACAACCAUCUUCCCUCCUAACUGCUCAGGUGCCAAAAUCCACAUAUCAACUGAAGCAAAACAAAUGUCUAUUACUUGUCUGAGAAGCAAGCUUGCAUCUCUUUGCAGAAAUGCUAAGCCUUUCUAAAAAAGGGAAGGGGGGC